UAUUCGGUAUAAUUCGUGUCACAGUCUGAUAAACGGCACGUUUAACAGACCACAUUCAGCUUGCUGUGCUGAACUAUCAGAAAUGUUGUUCUUAGCCGUUUUCACAGCGUUUGCUACCACCGUCACUGGCUCUCCCAGUUUUGCUGGCUUUACCCAUCACGUGGUUUUAAAGGAUGACGUCUACUUUUUAUCCUGGAAAUUCGACAAUGAAACCAUCACGUUCGAGACCCAGGUUCGAACCACAGGCUAUGUAGGACUAGGAUUCUCUCCCAAUGGGGGUAUGACAGGGGCGGAUAUCGUCAUCGGAUGGGUGAAGGACGGAGCCGCUUAUUUAAAGGACCGAUAUGCCACUGCGACCCAAGAGCCAUCUGUCGACGACAGCCAAGACGUGGAGCUAAUCUCCGGCAGUGAGAACGGCACUUUUACGACUUUACUUUUUAGACGUAAACUGGUCACGUGCGAUAGUAAGGACAACGAGAUAACACAAAAUACCAUGCGCGUCAUAUGGGCUUACCACGAUUCAGACCCAGUGGCUGAGACGAAUCUUCUGUAUCAUGGGAACGUGAACCGUGGAGCGAAGAGCAUGUUUCUUCUGGAGCCCGCUGAUAACCCAGUUAAAACCGUCACUAUACCGAGCGAUGCGUAUACCAUGGAAUUUGUACACAAUAAGGUCCGUGUACCUUCAACUUCUGACACUACAUAUUGGUGUUCAGGCUUCACGCUGCCCAGUUUUCCUGAGGUCCAUCAUAUGAUAAAGGGAGAGCCAAUAGUUCCAGUCGGCCACGAAGCUCUUGUACACCACAUCGUAGUGUACGCCUGCAGCCAUCAGUUUAACUUCACCCAAUACGCCAAUUACAGUGAAGCAUGUGACCUUCAGGCCAAUAUGCCUCCAGAUCUCAAGUUGUGUGUCCUGCUGUUGAUGGCGUGGGCAGUGGGGGGAGAGGCUCAGGUGUAUCCAGAAAAUGUUGGCUUACCUUUUGGGGGUGAAGGCGAUCCCACCUUCCUUUAUGUUGAAACUCACUAUGACAACCCAGGUCUAAGAAAUGAUUAUGUUGAUUCAUCUGGCGUUCGUUUUACCUUUAUUCCACGCCGCCGCCAGUAUGACGCAGGAGUUUUGGAAAUAGGCGCACUAACCUAUAAGAAUUAUGUCAUUCCGCCAUACUAUGACGAGUUUUAUACUUGGGGACAGUGCUCCGGUUGCUUACAAAGUGCUUUAGAAAACGUGCCACAAGGUAUAAAAGUGUUUAGUACCUUCCUCCACACACAUUUGGCGGGAACUGCCAUUUACAUGCGUCACUUCCGGAACGGAACAGAACUUCCGUACAUUGCAUACGACGAAAACUACGAUUUCAACUUUCAGGAGUACAGAUAUUUUACUGAACCCGUAACCGUCCUGUCGAGCGAUGACUUGGUAGCCUACUGUAGAUUCAAGAGCAGCGACAGAACCACUGUAACAUGGGGUGGAUUUAGUACUAAUGAGGAAAUGUGCAUUGGGUUCAUGAUGUACUACCCACGUGUCAACCUGACGACCUGCGUAAGCGGGUCGCUGCAGUCGGAGCUGAUCAAGAUAGCCCCACAGGUUACUGCAUCGUCCAGAAACUUUGGCUUCACCGUGGUUGUUCAAGAGCCGUCCCAACACAGAGGAAAGAAAUUUGAGUAUGUCAUGGAAAACAUGGUGAACUGGCAUGACCCUGCAACUCGCCAAGCCUUUCAAGCUCUUGAAAUGAAUGUCACUCGACAACUGUACUGUACUGGCAAUCAUGGAUUUUCAAAGUGGACCCACAUCCAAACCCUUCAGAUCAGCACACCAUACCAGUUACCGAAGGCAUCCUGCCCUCCAACCAACUCAACCACUGCGCCAACCACUGCUUCAACCACUGCUUCAACCACUCUGGGGUCUGUGUCGUCUGCCGAUGAAACCACAUGCGUUACCAUGGUGACCAUUCUCAAUGGCUUGAUUGUUCUGCUGCUGUUCAUGCAGUGAGGUAGAUACACAGAGGAAAACAACAAGUGAUGGCAAAAUGUUGACAAUGUUUCCAUUGAUCAGUCCCCUAAUAUUGAACACAUUAAAUAUAUAGGAAUUCAUUAUGAAUUAUAAAUGUGGACAAUUAUUAUCACUCCAAUGCAAAUAACGACACCAUCCCUUAACCCAUCUCUUAUAUGCUAGGACGCUACAUGUAUAUACAAAGAAAUGUGUUUCUCUUUUUGAUAUAAGAGUUCUCUGUUUCUUUAGGGUGUUAGCAAUGUUAUGUCACACUCAUACAUAUAUUUAUAGCAAAAAAUAAAAAAGCACAAUUUUAAGACCAGGGAAUUUAUGUAUGUCCCGAGUUAUUAGGCUACCAACUUCUUUAUUAGAGUUUUAAUUAAAAGCAAUUGCUGGUGUGCAAACCCAGAAAAUUACGGAGAAACAUAAUACUUCGUCGCACCUCUGCGAGUUAAUGUCAACAUCUUUAUGAGUGCAGUGUAGUGGAUUCUCGAUUUUUUUAUAUUCGUAUAUAAUCAUUGGCUAAAUAAAUUUUCAUCUUUU